GGGGAUUACUUGAGGAGGGGGGGAACCACAUACACCACACUUGGGCUCUGUGGAGAAAAAGAGAAGAUACAAAUGUGAUAACUAACUAACUAACUAACUCACGGCUGGAUAUAAUCCCUUUCUUCCUUUUUCUCAACUGAGGGACUGAAAGUACUGUGUUUAAAAUAGCUAAACAUGCAAAGUCUGCCUUCCGGUUGUGAAUAGCAUAGCUGAGGCUACACAAUCAGCAUCUCCUCCCCUAUUACCCAUUAAAACAGAAAAGUCAUGGUGGUUGAAAAGAUCAGAGCUUAAUUCCCAGGCUUUGUGAAGGGAGUCAACUUCUUAAGUGUGAGAGCACACAUAAUCUGAUGUCAGGUAUAUUUGUCUCUUUUCCUUAAUAUUUUUUUCUUUUCCUUUUCCUGUACUUGGUUGCAGAACAUUGGCUAUAUUUCUCCCUGUGUUUACCCAUCUUGCACAAGAAUGGGGAAGACCCGGCUGGCGAAACAGAACUGCUAUUGCCUCAUAUGCCUCUGCUUUGUCCUCUCCCAGCCAACCACCAGAACAAAUCACGCGCUUCUCUACAUCUCUCCCCACCUUUUUACCCUUCUGACUCUGCUUUCCACUACACGGCUCAGCUCAACUUUUUCUCUUUUAAACUCGGCACUUGCCCUUCGACUGUGUCCCACCUGAACUUUUCAUUUUCUAAGAGAGAGAGAGAGAGAGAGCAGAUUGAGGAGUGCACAUGCUUACUUCCAACUAUCAGUCGUGUUUCAUGGAAGCUAUUGACCAGUCUGAUGGGAAAGGAAGAGAUAAAGGUUGGAGUUCAAAAGAAAGAUAAAUAACUGCUGAACAAACAGAAGGGUGGUUUGGUGUGCGUUUUCCCCCCAAAACAGUGCAAACAUACAAGAGACAGCUGUUGAUCCCAGAACACAAAAGGACAUAAAGAGGGGCAUUGCAAGAAUGAGGUAAGUUCUAUCCAAGAUGUCUUUCUGAAAGGGAUCUGGAACACUAUUCGAUGUAAUUUUGACAGCAAAGUAGAAUUGAUCCUUGUAGGAUUGCUGCAAAAUUAUGAGACAAUCAGGACUUUGCAGUCUGCUCUGUGGCAAAUUGAAGUAUGGGUUGCAUGGAUUAAAUUCACUCAGAUUUCUUGGGCAAGCCCUUAAUCUGAGAAUCCUGCAGAGCAGUGGUCUCUUUCUUGAAGUGAAGGGAUAGACUGUAUCUCUGCUGUAAGAAGCACACUAAAGGAAGAUCUAAUUUCGCAGCUCAGCAUGCAGUUUGCAAAACAGAACUGGUAGUUCAAAUCUCUUUUUGUUAUCGUUAUAAACAUAGUUCAUCAGAACCCACUGACCAGAUGCUUACUUAAGAAAUAACUGACAUACCUCCUUUUUUGUGAAGUACAAGCCUAUUAAUAGCUACCACUGGUCGUGAUAAUUAUAGUGUAUGCAUCUGAACACCAGAUCCCAACAGUUCAACAGUUGGCAGACUGUGGCUGUUGUGCUUAGGCCCUGCUUUGGGGGCUGAUCCAGCAGUUUGGUUCUUUUAAUAUUCUUAUUGCUCACCAAGUUGGGCCCUUCUGCUAUUUCUUUUUUUAAAUCAUAGUCACAAAAAAUAGAACAAUGUUUCAACUGACAGAAGGGCAAUAUUUGGCAAAAACGAUAGGUUUUAUGGUAGCUGUAGUCCAACAUGUUGGCUGCUCCUGGUGUAAACAGUUUUCCAAAGAAAAUGCAUGUGCAUAUCAGGAAUGAGGAGUAAAUCCAUUUGGUUCACGUUUUAAUUGUUCUAUAGAUUUCACAGAUCUGUAAGUCGGGGCACUGCAUUUUGGGCAACCACCAUGGGUGAGAGCUUAGCUCAGCUUCCAUUUAAAGCAGCGCUGGUGCCCACCCCACUGCUAAAAGGCUGCCCAGGGGGCAGCAGGGAGGGUGAGUGGGGGGUUGUUGCUGCCAUUGCAAGAAAAUACUGCAUGGUCGUGUGCCCAUGAAGGGGCCCUGCAGCAGCACUAUGCUGGGGAGCCCCUGAAGUCCGUUGCCAACUCUGCCUAAGUCCUGGAUGCAAUUGUACGGUGUUAAUAGGUCAGCCUACUUGGAUGUGCAUCUUGGGUUGAGUCAGCUUGGCCUCACCACUCUUUCUUCAUUGUCUCCCCUGCAGACUUUGCCUCUUCCUCUUCGCCUUUUCCCAUGGGGUGCUCAGUGACCUCAUCCAACUGGAGAAAAUGUAUGGAAGGAUUGCAUCCCCCGACUUCCCGAACAUAUACCCCAAUGGCAAGGAGAGGACAUGGAACAUUACUGUGCCCCCUGGCUAUGGUAUCCGCCUCUACUUUACCCACUUCAAUCUAGAGCUUUCCUACCAGUGCGAAUAUGACUAUGUGAAGGUAUGUGACGUCACAGACAUGUGAGCGUGCUUUUAACAGGUAGUGUCAGGAUUGCUGCUCAGGAAGCUCAUUCAAUUCAGACCCAAGCAAGCAACCAAAGUGAUAUCCUUCACGCCUGGUUAAUUUCCAAAGUACUCUUGCUUUCUCUGAUCUCUUUGAAUUCUUGCAAGUUCAUUCUCCUCUUUGUGUGCAGAGGUCCCAGGUUCAAUCCCAAGCAACAUGUCCAGGCAGAAUAUACCUUGCCGUAUGUCAAUGUAGAUUAUACUGUGCUGUGUGGUCCAAUAAUCUAACUCAACUUCUUCAUGCAGCACGUAUUUAAACUGUGGAACUCGCUCCCACAGGAAGCAGUAAUGACCAAGCUGAAUGGCUUUAAAAGAGGAUUGGGCAAAUUCAUGGAGGUGGUCAUCAAUGGGUACUAGCUAUGCUGUUUCUGCUCUGUUUCCAUGGUCAGUGGGAGCAAUGCUUCUGAAUACAAGCUGCUGGAAACUACAGGAGAGUGCUCUCAUGCUCAGGUCCUCCUUGGUUUCCCACAGGCAUAUGGUUGGCUACUGAGAACAGGAUGCUGAACUAGAUGGGCCAUUGGUUUGAUCCAGUAGGCUCUUCUUAUGUUCUUAUAGUAUAAGGCAGCUUCCCAUUUUCCUGGGAUAACCACUGGCAGGUCCACUUAAGGGCAGGCAAAAAGGCGUUAUCAUUGCAUUUAUAUAUAGAUAUGUAUCUCAUUCAUCUCCCUGCUUUCCAGUUGCGUUCAGGAGGGAUAGUCUUGGCUACCCUGUGUGGACAUAAGAGCACAGACACUGAGGAAGUCCCAGGGGACAGGACAUACCACUCCAUCAACAACAACCUAGCUGUGACUUUCCGAUCAGAUUAUUCCAACGAGAAAGAAUUCACUGGCUUUGAGGCCUUUUAUGCUGCUGAAGGUGAGAGGGUGGAGGUGACGUUCCUCUUUCAUGCAAGCAAGGCAGAGUGGGCAUGACAAUGGCAAGUGGUCAUCAUAGAAGAGUGGUAGAGCACAUGCACUGCAUUUAGGAGGUCCCAUGUUCAGUUCUCAGCAUCUCCAGGAAGGACUAAUUUUUUCUUCUUGAAACCCUGGAGUUUCCCUGGCAUCUUUAGGUAGGGCUGGAAGAGACACCCAUCUGAAAUCCCAGAGAGCUGCUGUGCAUCAGCGUAGACAAUACUGAGCUAGAUGGACCAAUGGCAUGACUCAGUAUUCAGUACUCAGACCCAGCUUUGGGUGUUCGUAUGUUUUUCUUUGCCCAGAAGAGGCCUGAUUCUGCCAUUACCCCAUUUCCAAAGGGACCUGAGACACUAUUCUCAUGUGGUCUAAGAUGAAAAGAUACAUGUACCAUGUUUUCCAGGGCUAAUGCAGAUCUAAAAGUGCAAAAAAUGUCCCAACUACAUUUUACAGAGUAGACCCAUUGAAAUUAAAGGCCAUUAGCCAUGUCAGCCCUUAGUGGGGCUGGCAUUAGGUGCAACCCUCCGUCUUCCCACCCGUGGCACCAUCUCAGCCCCUGCGUCACAUUUGUGUCCACGCCCGCUUCCAGAAAUCCCUCGCCAAAAUGGUUGCAACUUGCUUUGGGAGAGCUACAUCCAAGCUCCUGUUUCUCCUCCCUUUCCUCCAGACAUUGAUGAGUGCGAACAGCUCCCUGACAGCGAGCCACUUUGCGAUCAUCGUUGCCACAAUUACCUGGGCGGCUUCUACUGCAGCUGUAAAAUCGGCUACCGUCUACACAAAGACAAAAGGACCUGUACAGGUGAGUCUCUUGGGAGCUGGUGAGAGCUGCUUACAAGUGGGUUUUUAAAACAAGCAAACAAAAACCUGUUUCCUUGACCAGCUUAUGUUGGAGCUGUGCUUUAUUUAGGUAUUUGCUGAUUGUUUACUUGUUUUGUUUAAAAUUAAGGUGAGGAACUUUAGACCUGGGGGCUAAAUGUGGCCCUCUUGGCUGUUCUGUCUGGCCUUUCAAACUCUCCCUACACCUCUCACUGGCCCUGCCUUGCACAGCAAGUAUAUUUGCCUGACUGGGAUGUAUUGUUGGAUUCUGAUAAAGCCUCUUGCUUGACUGGAUGAAUAGAGACUGGGGUGUGUGAAUAUGUGUAUAAGCUGGCCUACUGUACUAAAGUCAAACAUACAGUUGUUGUUGCUCCACCCACUUUUGGCUCCAGCCCUGCCCACCAGGGGCAUGUGGCCCCUGGAGGGUUGCCCAGAAGGAAAUGUGGCUCUCAGGCUGAAAAAUGGUUUUCCACCCCAGUUUCAAAAUUGUUAUAUAGUGCUCCCCAGCAGAGCUUCCAAGGCACUCCACAAAAUUCAACACUUGAUCUUAGCCAAAAGGCCGAGAAGCGAUCACACAAUUCAGAUAAACUAACACAAAUAAAAUCUCAGCAUUUAGAAAGAAAAUACAUUAAACUACACUAAAACCCACAGGUUGAUUACCGGUUUCAUUUUUGUUUUAUAAAUUAAGUUUCUAGGCCUUAAGACUGUAGGGAUAUUUGGAAUACCUGAGGUCCAGAAAAAAAGCUUAGAAUUGUGUCGGGAAACCAAUCAGCAGCCAAUAGGUUGCAUCCAACGGCAGCCCUAUGUUUUAAGUCUGCAGUAUGCUAGGCGCAGUCUUUGAUUUUUCUGCCACCCACUCAGGAAGGCUUAUUAUUCACCAGCUCUUUUUUCUCUUUCCUUUCUUCUCCCUCUCUCCUCCCUUCUUUAUUUUCCAGCAUGAAAUAAAUAAAUUCGCUUCUUCGCGGCUUAGGGAGAGAUGGAGCUAGACGUGUCAACAUUCCCUCCUGAACUGCCUGUAGCCUCGUGCGCAAUCAUACAGAGCGCUAUGCUUGAUCCGUGACUAGCUUGUGUCUUCUUCCUCUUCCUCCUGCCUAGCACUGUCUCCUGCAGCAAAUAAAAUGGCUUUCUCUGUUUCUACCAAGCCUACUGCAAACCUUUCCUCUGCAGCCUCCGAAAGAACAUAGGAAGUUGUAAUAUAUUGAACCCAACCCACUGGUCCAUAGUACAGCUUACACCAGGCUUCCUCAACCUCGGCCCUCCAGAUGUUUUUAGACUACAAUUUCCAUCAUCCCUGACCACUGGCCCUGCUAGCUAGGGAUCAUGGGAGUUGUAGGCCAAAAACAUCUGGAGGGCUGAGGUUGAGGAAGCCUGGCAUACACUGACUGGCUGCUGUUCUCCAUGGUCUCAGGCAGAGAGUCUAUCCCAAGCCUACCUGGCACUCUCUUCCAGGAGCUAUGAUUCAGAGGCAGACUGCCUCCAACAGUGGAGGUGGAAUGUAGCCAUCAUGUUUAGUAGACAUUGUUUGCCUAACUUUUAAAGUCCAUAAGCACACUGGAAUUUUUGACUGCCUAGGGCACCACUUUUCUCCCCCCUUCCCCUCCCCUGGAUAAGUCACCCUACAAAGAGACAAGAAGUGUACAAGUACAACUUCAUUUCCCCAAGAGAUCUGGGUAAAAGUUGUAUCCAGUAGAAUUAAUCUAAGCCUUGAAAAAGCACAAGGAGCCAUAAAAAGGAAGUGGGAAAGGGCGUCAUUUUUCCAACUUUUGCUUUUGCAUGCAGGUUGUCCCAAGUUCAACCUCUGGCAUCUCCAGCUAAAACAGGGGUGCUGAACCUGUGGCCUUGUUGGGUUCAGCAGUUAGGGAUGAUGGGAGUUGUAGUCCAACAAAAGCUGGAGGGCAUGAGAUUCCCCUGUCCCUGUGUUAAAAUGAUCAGAUUAAGGGAAACACUAUUCUGAUGUCCUGGAGGGUCCACUGCAAGCUGGAGUAAGAUAAUGCUAGACUGUGUGAACAAAUAGUCUGAUCUAAGGAAGCUUCUGAGCAGCAGUGACACUUUUAAAAACGUAAAAUGUGUUCAUUUUAAAACUUUGCUCCAUUUCACAAAUUGGUCUUCAGGGCAACAGGCUGAAAAUCAUGUCUUUAAACAGAAACACACACACAUAGAAAAGUAGAAUGUCAAGGAGUAGCCUUUUAUAUGCACCAGCUAUCUAUAUCAGAAAGAUAAUUUAAACAUGGAAGUUCUCCCUGCCUGCAAUGAAAUGGCAAAAGCCAUGCACGUCACCCACCCACUCCCACUUUGCUUCCACUCUUCCAACUCGCAGCAACUUCCCAGUUACUCACUAAUGUAAUUCAAAGCCUACUGUUAAUUUUGGACCUAAUGAUCCAGCCAUCCAGCCAUCACGAGUUCACCAGUUGAGGCAGGCUACUUCCUCAGAGUUCAAGUCUCUCGUGGGCAGUAUAGUGUUACUCUAAUAAAAAUAUAGCCCUAAAUGUAAUUGAACACUCUCCCGGCGCCCCUAAAGCCCAGCUAGAGUUUACAGCCGAGGACGGCGUGAAAAAUUGUCCAAUUCCUCUUGCGCAAGCCAUUUUUUCUUUUUCUUUUUUAAAAAAACUGCUUUAUAGAUUUUUCUUGCCUGCAGAUCUGUGAAAUAAAAAUACAGCCCAUAAUAAAGGCAGCUCCCUGUGGCCAUAUCCAAAGAGCUAUAAAACACAGGAGAGUCAGUUCAAGCCGUUCCAUUGUCGUGACCACAAGAAGCUGUCUGUUCUCACUGUGUAACAGCCGGGGAGAGCUGGUCCCACUUCGUCCCAUCAAUUGUGACAAGGAGUGCUCUACAGAGCACGGCAGCAUGAGCAUCACAGGCACAUAUCGGGGAAUGCUGUGACACCACUUGUGCCAACUGGGUAGCAUAUGUGAUGUCCCUGCCUCAUUAGUGCCGGUUCAAGAAUGACUGUGAUGGCAUGUAUUGCACAAUUGCUACAAACUAUGAUGGCUAUGUUCUAAACGCCACUGUCAGAGGUAGAAUAGCCUCUGAAUACCAGAUGGUGGGAAUCCCAAGUGGUGAGAGCUGAUGUUGCACUCAGGACCUGCUUGCAGGCUUCCUAUUAGAGCAUCUGGUUGGCCACUGUGAGAACCGGAUGCUGGAUGUGGUUCAGGCCUUCAGGGCUCUACUUAUUAUCAGUAUUGUCUACACUGACGGACCAGUAGCUCUUUAAGGUCUGGCUGGAGAGAUUUUCAACCCUACUUAAAGAUGCUAGGCAUUGAACCUGAGGCCCCCGGAAAGUUUCUCAGAACAGAAUACGGCCCUCAGGGUGAAAAAAAAGAUUCCCAAACACUGCACUAAAUCCUCUUGUGAUGUUGGCAGGAUAUUUGAAAGUCACAGUAAAGAAAGAACUGCAUGACUGUCGACUGUCAGAAAGUCAGAGACAAAACAGAAGCUAACACCAGCAUUUAAAAUGUGGUUGGGUAAAGCUUGUUGAAAUGGCACAAGUUGCAGAAUACAUUCAGUUAUGCAAUAGAAGGAGGGGAAUCUCAGAAAGUCUGAAGGACAAUCGGGUCUUAUUUACAAACACUAUGAUGAAUAGAUAUGGAUUAGAUAUCAACUGCUACAAUUCACUGAAACUAAUUUAAAGCAGUAUUAAUGAGUUGUUAUGAAGGCCAGUGUUUGCACUUAAAUAUUUCAAUGCGUAUCUGCAUUGUGCCAAGUUGUUGGAGGAGCUAGCUACACCCCUGCCGACAAGAAAAUAAAACUUUUUCUUUCCAAGGUUAUAUGUGGUCAAGGGGGAAAGAAGCAAAAUAGAGGGAGUGGGGGAGAAGAGGCUUAGUACUUGAAUGCCUUUCUGAUUUUGAGUCAUCUCGAGCUGCACCACUGUGAAGGCAGAAAAUAUUCCUGGCCUACGUCUGUCAACCCCUUGCUCCAUCCUCCUCCAUAAAUCAGCAAGGAAGUUGCUGCAGUUCAGAUUCAGAACCUGCAGCUGCCUGGCCCUAGCCAAGUACCAGGCGCUGUCAACAAGCAAGAGUUCCUUCAGGCACUCGGUAACCGAUCAAUCCUGCCUGCUGUGUCCAGCGGGAGAUGCCAUGACUCCGAGCAUGCCAGCCAGAGUUACAGCUGGAUUUUGCAGAGCAAGGAUGAUUUCCACUCCUACACACGCCUGGCGACCAAGAGAGCCGCUGAGGGGUGGGUUGUAUUUUUGAAAGCAUCGGGAAGGAAACAGGGAGGGCAGCUGCCAUCAGAAUUGCACAUGUAAACCAGAGUUGGGGAACCUUUGGCCUUCCAAAUGUGGCUGGACUCCAACUCCCAUCAACACCCCCCGCCCACCCGCCAGCAUGGCCAAUGGAUCAGAGAUGAUGCAAGUUGUAGUCAGACCAAAGAUUCCCCACCCCUGAUGUAAAGAGAAGGCUUUAGGAACUGCAUUAAAGAGUAAGAUCACUGGUCUAUCUCAGUGCUGUCUACACUGAAUGGCAAUGGCACUGUGGAGUUUCAGACAGGGGGUCUCUCUCUACCUGGAGAUGCCAGGGAUUUGAACCUGGGGCCUUCUGCAGCCAGAGCAGGUGCUCUGCUACCGAGCUACAGUCCUUCCCCUUUAAACAAGUGGAAGGCCGAUUCAAAGAUGACAGUCACGUAGGUAGCAGGGUUUGCAGCUAUCGGUACUGGUAGCUGGUGCCCAGCUGGAAAAGGUGUACCAGGGGUCAAUUAAAUUGGUCAAGGCAUUAAAGCACCUUCCAUGCAUGGAGAUGCUAAAAGCAUAUGGAGCAUUUUAGUUCAGGGAAACUUUGAGCAAAGCUGGAUAGACAAGGUCCACCAUUGUUGGAGCUGAUAGUGUAGCUCACAACUCCCACCUAGCAGUCGUGCUCCAAGCCAGUUGGAAGGCACCAGUUUGGCGGAGGUGUUUUUUAAGUGUUUUUUAGAAUUAUGAAACUUUUUUCCUCCCCUCCCAUUUUCAGAUUUGGAUUGGGGUGCAUUCAAGCAACUGAUAAGCAAUAAACUGGGGGUAGGGAAAGUGACAUCCUUCGCAGAACUUCGCCACCAAAAGAUGUUGCAGCAAUGGCCAUUGGUUAAAUUGAUUUUUUAAAAAAGGUUUAGGUAAGAACUAAUUGAAACCCCAUUGAUAAGCAGUAUAUUUCUACCCUGUGCUAGGGCCAAAUGGAGGACUGCUUGAUAUGCCACACAGUACAGCUAUCUCAGCAAACGCUUAGUUAUCUUAUUGCUACUGACUGUUUGGCAUUGGGGUUUUUAUGUAUUCAUUGUAUGUUUUGUUGGGGGGGGUAGGAAAAUAGGGGGAGACUAAAUUUUAAUUAGGGAGAGGGUCCCAAGCUCAGUGAUAAAAGGAUCUGCUUUCUAUGCAGGAGGUCCCAAAUUCAAUCUGCAGCAUUGGCAAUUAAAAAGAUCAGCAAAUAGAUGAUGGAAAAGACUUCUCUGCCUGAGACCCUGGAGAAUCGCUGCCAGUCAGAGUUGACAAUACUGAGCUAGAUUAUCUAGUCAUCAUUAUUAAAGAAUUUAUGAAUAAUCAUUUACAUGCAUCUCAAGCUGAUUUCCAAAUAUACCAUAAAAACAGAUGAAAUUGUUUGAAAAGCAGUACAAGAACAACUAGAUUUCAGAAAUUCAUCAGACCUGCUAUAAUACUGAGGCCUAGCCAAAUUCUUCAGAAUUGAAUUAACAAGCUCAUAGCUUUCUCCCCUUUUCCUUACAUCGGACAACUAUGGUAUUUGCUUAUUGUGGGGUCUUCAGAUGUUGUUAGACUACAGCUCUCAUUAACCCCAGUCAGCAUGGCCAAUACUUAGGGAUUUAUUUUUAUUUACUGCCUUUCAUCAUAAAAUAGCAAGGUGGCUUACCAAAUGAAAUCAAAACAAUGUAGCAAUCAUUUAUUUUUUAAAAAGGAAUACUACGUAUCCAGGAACUCUCCAAAGAACUGGCACUAAAAAUCAGUGCUUGGGCCUCCAGUUAAGAGUAAGGGACAAUGAGAGUUGUAGUCUGAUAAAAUCUGGUAGGCGUUAGAUUCCUUGUGUUCAAAACACAUUAGGAAUCCUUGAAUACUUUUGUACAAAUGCAUUUGAACUGAUGGAAGCCACCAUGAGGGAUGUGCAGGCAACAGAAAAGCAGGGUAAAAAUGGCCUUAUUACCGUAACAAACUGCUGCUUUGACAAAUAACUUUACAAAUGCAUUUGAUUUCCUGAGAAGAAUUUGGGAUUUAUUUAUUUUCUCUCUCUCCACUUUUCAGCCAAUUGUGUAGAUAAAGUGCUGACUGCAAGAUCUGGAGAAAUUUCCAGUCCACGUUAUCCCAACCCAUAUCCCAAACUCUCCCAGUGCAAUUAUGGGAUCCAGGUGGAAGAUGGAUACAUGGUCGUCUUGGAAUUUGUGGGAAGCUUUGAUGUAGAGACCCACCCAGAAGUGGAAUGCCCCUAUGACAUCCUUAAGGUCAGUUGGACCUGCUCACCAGGUCUUCUACUACUAAAGAAACUUGUUUUCUGUACGGUCGACACCAGUUAAGUUGUAUCCAAUGCUAGUAGUCCUAUUCAGAACAGGCCCAAUGAAAUGGCUAACUUAGGCCCAAUCAGUUUCAAUGGGUCUACUCUGAGUAGGACUUGGCUGGCUACAAUCCUGCACCAAUGAAGAGCUGAGGACACUGCAAUGCCCCAAUGCAUGGCAGCAAAUUGCAGUUACUUCUGGGGGCACCUAACUGGAAUGCUUGAACUGUUAUCAGUUUUCACAUCCGUCUCCCAUUACAAAGAAUUCAGAUACUCUUACAUCCACACUAAAUCCCCAUACAAAUAAAAUAAAAUAGAAUCACAUGUACUGAGAAUGUUGAAGUUGGUUGCAUGUAUUUAUGGACCAGGUAGCUACAAAAUAGACUUGGGGUAGAUGGCUAAACUGGUGCAUCCAGCCCAAUAUCUACUCUAGCUGGUAGUGGCUCUCCAGGGUAGCAGCCCCCAGGCAUUCCCCUCUUGGAAGCCCAAGUUAUGCCUACCAUAAAGUAUACCCUGGACCCCCUAAGCUAGUCUGCUGUCCCCUUGGGGUGGGGAUACUGUCCCACUGCCAGUGUUUCAAUAUUUGGGUGCCAAACCGGGAAGCUUCUAUAUUUGGAACCAGUAGCCCUCAUCCCUGGAGUUGCUCAGGAACUUUAACAAGCAAAAAGAAAAAACACACAAUAAAAUCAGUGCAGGUUUGAAGGGCUCAGUCUGCCAUCGUGAUUCAAAACAGGCAUCCCAUUUUAUCCAAGGUAAAACCCUGCUCAUUAAUCUCAGGAACCAUCGUUCAAAACUUGGUUACAGUAUCUUAAGAGGUGCCCAAAUGCAUAGCGAACAAGCCAUUUUCCAAAAUAAACAGUAGAUCGAAAUGGGGGGAGGGGGGAUCAGCCCAUGAUGGAAGAAAGGUUGGGAUGUUUCCCUUCACUGUUUCAGAUCAAAACACCCAAGCAAGAAUUUGGCCCGUUCUGUGGGGACACCCUCCCUAUGAAAAUUGAAACCCGUAGCAACACCGUCAACAUCCAGUUCACCACGGACCUCUCUGGAGAUCACACAGGAUGGAAAAUCAGAUAUAUCACAACAGGUAAGAUUAUUGCUUUUAACCAAAGAGCAGGCAGCAGUGAAGUUCUGUUGGGUACACAUAUCAUUUCCUGGCUCCUAGGGAGCCCUGGGAAUGGUAGCUCUGUGAGGGGGCCGAGUUAUGGUCCUCCAGCUCUGGGGCACAAGGAUGCCAAGCUGCAGGAAGCCACAGGAUCCUGAGGAAGCUGCUUCUUAUUAGCUGUUGGUCAACUGGUUCAGUACUGUCUACCGUUGUGACAGGUAAGGCAUGAGGUAGGGAUACCAGCAGUAAGUGCCAAUGACAGGCAGAGCCACCUGCUGACUAGCUGUACGUAAGGAGGAAGGCAGGUGUGGGCUGACUGAGAGCAGACCGAGGCUGUUGAGGCUGGGCCCCAAUUCCCCUAAUAGAUCAGCUUCCACCAUCUACUACUCUAUCUGUUAUCAGCCCUCCAGGCUCUCAGGCAGAUUUCUUUCCCCAUCAUGGAUGUUUUAAGAAAUAAUGCCAGCUUGAGACUUGUCCCAUGUCUGCGCCUUCUAAGGAUGCUCAUUUUCCUCCCUAGUUCUUUAACUAUCAACAGGUAGAGGACCUAAAGAAGUUGUCCUAUAUCCAGUGCUAUUUUUCUAGAAAAGAGGUGCUGGAACUCACCAUCAAUGCCUUCCUUGUUCUCUUAAAAUGGCAAUGGCACCCACCUGAGAGUUGCCAGAACCCACCUAAGACGCGCCAGAACUGAGUUCCCCCAAGUUCUGGCUGAAAACCCCCCUGCUUAUACCUAGUCAGAGUUUAUCAAGAUUAGUAAUGUCUACGUUGAGUAGCAAUAGUUCUCCAGGGCAUGCCCAGGAACGAACCUGGAACCUUCUGAAUACAAAGCACGUGUUACAUAACUGAGCUAGGUCGUUCCCUACACAGGCCAAAGUCCAUCAAGCUCACUGUUGUCUAAUCUGAGUAGUGGGCAAGCUCCAACAGGGCUCUUAUUAUUUAUAUAUGCUCUUGCAUUUUUUGAAUUACAGCUCCCAUCAUCUCUUACCAUUGAGUCAUGCUGGUGUGGUUGAUGGAGCCCAACAACAGCUCAAGGGCCACAGGGGAGCCACAAUCCAGAGCUAGAUGGACUAAUGCUCUUCUAAGGCACCUUCCUAUUUACAACACAAGCAACUGCAGAAGGAACAAAUUAGCCAUCAUUUCAACUGUGGGAUUAAGCAGGAUGUAGUGUGAGAGCGCCACCUCCCCCACAUAUUAGUAUGGACGCAAGAUCUGAAUCUGCUUUGACAGGAAAUGGCAAUGAUGUGUUUUUUUGUUGUUCUUCAACUUUCUGCAGCAUUGCCGUGCCCCAACCCUGAAGCGCCACCCAAUGGCCACAUCUAUCCAGUGCAAGAAAAAUAUAUUAUGAAAGAGUCCUACAAUCUCUCCUGCGAUAUCGGCUACGCACUCUUGGAAGUAGGUAAAACCAUCCCUUGCGGUGCACACCUGAGCAUAUGGGUAUACUAUUUAACUGAGGAACCAAAGCAGUUUUAUGUAUUCACAGCAAAUAUGACUUUCUGAGUGCCAUGGCCAAAACAACUUGAGGGAACGCCAGCCUUGGGAGAGGGGGAGAAUAUUUAGUGGGCAGCUGGGGGUGGGAAAUCAUGGGGGUAUGGAAUGGAGUAUCCUGGAAGAGAGCAUGGCUGGCUAGAUAGCAUAUCUGCACCUAACACUGAGGCAUAAAGGCUUGCACUGGCUGCACAUGUUACCAGGCAAGGUUCAAGUUUCUUGCACUGAUUUGCAAGGCCCUUAGUAACUUGGUCUCCCUGUGGCUCCAGGGCCGUAUCUAGAGGGUGGCAAGGUGGGGCCCCACUACGGGCACAAAAUCAGCUAAAAAUAUGUCCAUUAAUAUGUCUAUAAAUAAAAAUACUGAUUAUUGCCUCAUAAGAAAAGGUUUUAAAAAGAGGGUGAAUUGAAGGGGGGGUUGGAGGAGAGGUGGAAAGAAGAGCUAAUUUGUCAGUCGCUAGGGGGCACAAUCUGGACAGUUCUGCCAAUGGCGCAAGAUCACCUAGCUACGGCUCUGUGUGGCUCAGAGGUAACUAUCGGAAGUCACACAUUUAGUGUUGUGGGCCCAAACCUAUGCAACUCCCACUGUGGCUGAGUUUAGACUGGCUCUCCCCUGCUGAACAUAAGGCACUUGACAAACCCCCUCUAAGUUUUUGUCAUAUUGAUCCAACCAAAGCAUAUUUAGAGUAGACCCAUUGGUUCUAAUCAGUGCUUUCGGGGGGUAAACAGGGGUAUGCAUACCCCUAAACAUUUUGUGAAUCUAAGUUUGGCCUCAUUGAGGGGCAGUAUUUCAAUAUGAGUAGGAAAAUGAAAGUACCCCUAAACAUUUUUGGGGGGACCACUGGUUCUAAUAGGUCUACUCUGCAUUAGGGAUGGGCAAAUAUUUUGUUUCUUGUUUUUUCGGUCUUAAGUUUCAUUUUCCUCACUACCGUAUCAGUUUGUGAUUAAUUUAAAGGCCAUUGGAAUAUUCACCAGCAUUUAAGUGUGAAUUUCCCAAUACACAUUUUUUUUAUAUGCAAUUAAACCUAAUGUGCAUUUUGAAAAGCUAUUUUCCUAAUGCAAUGUGUUCCUUUGCAUUAUUUUUUGUAAUUUAUUUAUAAGCACACAUUACAUUAGUCUAUGCAUUUUACUUGGCUGGAGAACUAGAUUCCAUAAUUCAGAGAAGUGCAGAUUUUAAAGGAGAGCCAUGUUUCAGUUCACAUAUUAUUUCAGAAAGUGCGAAUCAAGUAAGUCUGCCAUUAAAUGAAAAGUGAAUCAAAAUUCUCUCUGAACCCUAUCUUGGACAUAACUAACACUGAAUAUCACCCAUUAUUGAAAACUAACGGCAAACACGUUCUCGCAGGCUGAACUAGACAUAUUUCCCCACCGGGGAAAAUCCAUUUGGGCUGUCAAAGCUAUGAUUGUUUUCAAGAAAAUAAAUAGGAUUUCUGUUUUCCUCUUUCCCUCCCACAGAAUGAGAUGAUUGUGGAAUCUUUCAUGGCGAUAUGUCAAAAGGACGGCUCCUGGAACAAGCCAAUGGCUCAGUGCAUCAGUAAGUCAAUGCGAAGGAGUGGGUGGAGGGAGGUCUUUGGAUUUGUAAUAUUCAGAUGGAUUACUGGUUUAAUUAUUUCUUUUGGGAAUCCAUAUUGUGUUUGACAGAAUGAAGCAGUCUUGCACACAAAAAAAGCGUAGGAGGCAAAGCAUGCUUGAAUCAGAGCAUAAUAAAAUUUGUUUUAAUUGGAAUAUUCUCAGUGGGAGUACAGAUCAACAGGCACCCAAAAUUCAGCUGCAGAGUUGCUAUCAGGGUUUUAAAAGUUUCCAUCAUUUUCUUCUGGCAGGGCUCCUACGCUUUUAAUGGAAAAACCUGGAUUUUUCCACUUGUUUUUCUUCUUUAAUUUGAUUUUAAUAUCCAAAAGCCACCUUGGAGAUGGGAAAAAGUAGGAAGCUGUAAACUUAGUUAUUUUAUUGACAAUAUUUAUAGGCUGUGCAGGAACAAGAGUUCUCAUUGCAGCUCCAAAAUGUUUUAUAUUUUAAAUACUUUACGUAGGCUUGCCAUGUCAGGAAAAUUCCUGACAAGUCCUGUUUUGGGGUGUAAAAAUGGCAUCGGGGGCAAUUUUGCCGAAUCAUCAACAUGAUGGAAAAAGCAGCAGAAACAGCUCAAAAAGUUUAAAAUCACUAUUUUUGGGUUAGGUUUCCAAAAAAAAAGCCUCAGAUUUGUGGGUGGCAGGAAUUUUACUUUCUGAAAUAUGGCAACUCUAUUUUGUGGACUGCAGCCUUCACAAUGAAUAAAUCCAAAGCUUUGGGGUCUUUAUAAUAUAUCUGCUGAUUCCCCUUUGAAUUUGGAUUCUACUGGUUCAGUUGUUCUGUAAGGACAGGGCUCUGGGGUAGAUAUCAAGGGCACAAUUCAGCAAAAUGAGCAGGAGUGAACAGAGGUCUCUUGAACUGCCAUCCAGAGCAUGAUCAACAAGGAGAAUUGAGGCAAACAGGCCCCACCACCAGCACGUGGGUCAACAUGGGCACACUAAGAACCACCAAGGCUGACACUGAUUGCCAUAUAUUUCCCCCCAAAAAAUGUUUUAUAGUUGGGGCAGCUCACUGGGCAUGUGUAUGGAUGAGUAUAGAUUGUUUUUAUUACCUUAAAAUAUGUUUUAGCCCUCCCAUCAACAAAAUGGUUGUUUAUUCAAAAGAGAGCAGCAGAAGCCAGCUCCUCCAUUUUAUUCCUGUAGUCAUGAUGGUGCUCACUGGAGCAUGUUUAAACUACACAUGCUCAGUGUUUCAUUAGGUUUGGAAAACUUUUUUAAAAAAUCAAACUCAUAAUCAGAAAUGUAGUUCUUGUCGCAAAGCAUGAAAUGGCAGUGAAGGGGAGAAAUGUUAAGUGUGUGCUUCACGACAUGGCCCUUCAACAAAGAGUCUUGUAAGAUCAUUGGGCAGUAAGCAAUGAAGGAGUUCCAUUAGUUAGCGGUUAACAGAACUAUAUAGGGACGUGGGUGGCGCUGUGGGUUAAACCACAGAGCCUAGGACUUGCUCAUCAGAAGGUCGGCAGUUGGAAUCCCUGCGACGGGGUGAGCUCCCGUUGCUUGGUCCCUGCUCCUGCCAACCUAGCAGUUCAAAAGUACGUCAAAGUGCAAGUAGAUAAAUAGGUACCGCUCUGGCGGGAAGGCAAACGGCGUUUCUGUGCGCUGCUCUGGUUUGCCAGAAGCAGCUUAGUCAUGCUGGCCACAUGACUUGGAAGCUGUACGCCAGCUCCCUCGGCCAAUAAAGCGAGAUGAGCGCCGCAACCCCAGAGUCGGCCACGACUGGACCUAAUGAUCAGAGGUACCUUUACCUUUAACAGAACUAUGAUGUUAGGUAACUUUAGAUGAUGGACUCUAGGGGUAGUAUCUAUCUGUACCAUUUUCUUCAGCAGACAUUUAAUCUAUUUAACUUGGAUGUGCAGCCUACAGUGAUGUAGCUCACACUGCAGAGAAGAGUCUGCAAUGGUAAAGGAUGUGCUUGCGAUAAUACAAUGGUCCCACAAGCGAUGCUCGUUCCCACACGCUGACCCCCUACUUUCCACAGGUCUACUUUUAAAUUCAAAGGCUGACCUGAUAACAUGGUAAGCAUCUGUGAACCCACCGCAAGUACAGGGAGUGAAUGCCCACAUAAAAUGUGUGUGUGAAAUAGCAUUUUCACUAGCACCAGUUCAUACUGUACUGGUAAGAUACAGGCUGAGUUAAGAACAUAGGAAGCCACCCAAUAGUACUUCUGUUUAUCCAUGUAGCUGAAGAUUCAAGCAAGGAUAUUUUUUGUCAACUCCUAUCUGAUUCUUUGCACUAGGACAGCUUGUCUCAAUAUAGCAUCCUCCAGAGGUUCUGAACUACAAUUCCCAUCAGCCCUGAGGCGCACAAUAUGGGAGCUGUAGUCCAAAACAUCCAUAAGGUAGCUAAGAUGCAGAAGGUUGUUCCAGAUACCAGGGACUGAAUAUAGCACUUUCUACAUACAAAACAGGGACGCGGGUGGCGCUGUGGGUUAAACCACAGAGCCUAGGACUUGUCGAUCAGAAGGUUGGUGGUUCGAAUCCCCGCGGCGGGGUGCGCUCCCGUUGCUCGGUCCCAGCGCCUGCCAACCUAGCAGUUCGAAAGCACCCCCGGGUGCAAGUAGAUAAAUAGGGACCGCUUACUAGCGGGAAGGUAAACGGCGUUUCCGUGUGCUGCGCUGGCUCGCCAGAUGCAGCUUGUCACGCUGGCCACGUGACCCGGAAGUGUCUCCGGACAUCGCUGGCCCCCGGCCUCUUAAGUGAGAUGGGCGCACAACCCUAGAGUCGGACACGACUGGCCCGUACGGGCAGGGGUACCUUUACCUUUACAUACAAAACAGGUAACCUGUUACUGAAAGCUUUGGUUCUUUUCCAGUCUAGCUAGUCCUAGGUUUCCCUCACCCAGUCUUACAAAGCAUUUUAAAACUGUUGUUGCUCCAUUCUUUUCAGUUGUUGACUGUGGUCCAGCCGAGGACACAGCAAACGGUGCACUUGUGUACGUCACAGGGCCUGAUAGAACUACAUACCAGACUGAGAUCAAAUACAAAUGCGAGAGCCCCUACUAUGCUCUGAAAGCCGGACGUUCUGGUAAGAUAAAUGAGUUUAAGGGAGCAUGGGCUUGAUACACACAUCUUUAAAUGUAAACCCCAUUGUCCCAAAUGGGACAAUCGCACUAGGACCUACUUUGCAGUAUUCUUGUUUAGCCAGCCAUGACCUCUUUCAGGAUACUUCGUUCUAUCUCCCCCUGCAGUCAGCCAGCAUUCCAUGGCCACUGAGCCUUCUUCGUUGGGCUGUUUUACGGUGCUUCUCCAUUUAGAGGUUUCUCCCCGGCUUCCAAAAUGUUCUGCCUACUUCUCCAAAUGUUUAGUCCUAACAAGCCUGCAGCUACCUCCUUUCUUGGGCUUGUAUGGUGUCAUUUUGGCUACCAGUGAAUCAACACUUGAGGGCAGAGUUCUCUAUUGGCCUUUUAUGAUAUCGCAUCAGUGUUUAGUCAUGCCUCUUGACUGAAAAGCAAAGUGCCAUAAAUGUAUCUGUAAUGGGCUCAACAGUGGUUGACAUUUGCAUGCAUAUCCUCCACCCAGCAAGUGGUUGUGCUGCUGUGAUGUCACAGCAUGUUCACACACAUAAUCCACAGUCACUGCAGCAUACCCGAGUAUUCCUCAACCAAGCAACUCAUGAUUAUCCAGCCGAGACACCUCACGGGGUUUAGGGAAGAUAAAAAUGCAAAACUGGUAGGAAAUAGAUUUACAUACUUAGGAACAGCAAAAAGUCUGAAAGAGCUGGAUUUUUCAGCGAUUCGAAGAAGCCAGCUGUAUAUUUGGGGCAAUUUAACAACAUUUAUAUACCUCUUGAUUGUAGUAAAACCUCCAAGCAGUUUUAUUGUAGAGUGCUUUGCUCUGUGCAGACAUCUAAACUGCUUAACUUUUUAAUGUAGGCAGGUACCUGUGCGCCCCUGAUGGCUACUGGAGAGAUUCCAUGGGAAACAAAGCACCUCCUAUAUGUGAGACAGGUAAUGUAUGAAACCACAGGUUCCCCACUCCUGCCAUACAUAGCCAGGCGACACUUCACAAGAUAAAUGGCCUGGAAACAUCUUGUUUUCUCCCCCUCUCCAAAUUCACUUCAGAAGUUGAAAUAUUUUUGACUGAUGUUGAAUGUAUGAAGUACUGUAUCCCAUUUUGUCACCAUCACUCCCACCUCAGUUUUGACCAGGAAUGGAGAACCUGUGGUUCUCUUCAGCCCCAUCCACCAUAGCCAACAGCCAGGGACAGUGGAAGUUACAGCAGCUAGAGGACCUCAGGUUCCCCAUUCCCGACUUUUGUCUUCACAGACUUUAAAAUGUUGCAAAGCAGCCUUUAUACCUUAUCCUACCCAUCAGCCCCCUUUCUCUUAACUCAUCCAGAGCUAGAGAUCCAACAUCUGGAGGGCUGCAUCUUCCCCAUUCCUGACCAAAGACAAUGCCAUGUCCCAAAAGAGAAAGUUACAGCCAUUGAGUUAGAGGCAGAUGUUGCAGGCCAUCUAGCCCAACAUCUGCUCACUGCAGAAAAUCAAAAGGUACAGCAUCUUUAACAGAUGGUUGCCUGGCCUCUAUAUGAAAGACUUCCAGCAAGGGAGAACCCACACCCCUCCAGGGAAUUUGUUCCAUUUUUAAAUUGCUUCCACCAUCAAGAGCAGUUGCUUAAUGUUCACUUAAACUCUACCCUCCAGUAUAACAUAAAACCAUUAGAUCUAGCCUUGCCCCCUAGGGUAACCAAGAACAAAUCCCCUCUUCUAUACAACCCUUCAAGGUAUCUGAAGAAAGCUAUCAUGUUCCACUCAGGUGGAAUCUAGACCAUAUAAAAAACACGGAAAAUGCUUUUUAAAAAAAGUUUUGAAAAAUAUAUUGAAUUUGCCAUAGCUCGUCAUCACCAUCUAGUGUCACAUUUGUAUAAUGCACUUUACAACACACUUAAAACAUAUUUGCAGCUGUAUAGCUGCCUCCAUAGCCUUCUGUUGUUCAGGCUAAAAAGUAUCCAGUUACCAAACAGUUCUAGGUAAUACAAUUUUUUCCCUGCAAAAAGGAAGGGAGAAUGGCCUAUCUUAAAUUGUUUGUGUGCCACCUUUCAUUUCAAAGCAAUGGCAAAGAGAUCUACAACAAAAUGAGUAGCAUAUAUCAAAAACAUAAUGAAAGUGUCUUCACCAAAACUGCAGUAAAACCCCCAUUGCAAUCAGUUAAAGUAAGUAGCCAAAAAUGCCAGGAACUGGCAUUAACACCAUAAGGAUGUUACUACCAACAGGAACACACAAAAAUCAGUAUCUCCCUUAUCUCCAAGAGAUUAUUCUACAAAGUAGAUGCCACAAUGGAAUUAGCCAUUUAUUCUCCAUACUACAGUGGUACCUCUGUUUAGGAACGCUUCUGGUUAUGAACGCUUCAGGUUAUGAGCUUUGCUAACCUGGAAGUAGCUGCUCCUGGUUUUGAACUUUGCCCCAGGACGCAAACGGAAAUCACGCGCAACAGCGGGAGGCCCCAUUAGUGAAAGCGCACCUCAUGAUAAGAAGUUUCAGCUUAAGAACGGACCUCCGGAACAAAUUAAGUUUGUAACCAGAGGUACCACUGUACUGUAAAAUUGACAGCUAGAGGCUGGGUUUUUUUGUUUUCAGGCAUACUGCAUCUUUCAAAUGAGAUCAACCUUCCACAACUUGCUGCCCUCCAGAUGUUUUGACAACAGCUCCCAUCAGCCCCAGUCAAUCUGGACAAGGGUCAGGGAUUGUGGGAGUUGUAAAUUCAAAAUGGAAACAUGGGAUUACCAUGAAGUGUUCUCUGGUCAGCAGGGAAAGCAGAACAUGCAAGAAAUGAUUAAAACCUCUUCUAAAAGACAGAGUCAACAACACAAAAGAGUGUUUACUGAGGCCCUCAGGAAAAGGGAACCUAUUCCCCAGUCCCAUCUUGGCCAUAACUUUGAGGAGAAAACCUCCAUACACUAACUAGAACAAACACAAAUUAAAAGCAGAACAGAAACAAAAAUGAAAGUCAAAAGGGCCACAGACGAAAAAUGCCAGGACCCUAAAUAAAGAGGAACUGUGUAAAUUUGAGCAUAUAAGGCAAUUUACAUAACAUCUACACACCAGGUUUAGCUCAUUUCUAUAUAUUCCAGACGACUGACUUCUUUGCCUACAGAGGUUCCGAGAUUCAAGCCCCAACAUAUCCAAGUAGAUAUGAGAAACCUCCUGACAGAAACCCUGAACUCACUAUCAGACAAUGAAAGUCUAUACUAGACACCAGAUGUAGCAAAACUGUUUUAGGCUAAUGACCAUGUAGCCUUUGGGUGAGUGCACUCUCAUUUUGACCCCUGGCCUUGAUACUCCUCAUCCCUGCUCCAGGCAAUAUUGAGUUAAAUGAACCAAACGUCCAGCUACGCACCAGGCAUGCAUAUUAUUCCUAUGAAAAUACCCCCAACCCACACAUGAUGGAACCCUCCCACAAUUGUGUUGAACACAGGUAGGGUACUCCAACUCAGAAGCUCCCAGCAUAGGGUAAACUACCCUGUUAAGAAAUUGGCCUGACAUGCCAGCUUUUUCUGGGCAGAGAAUUUGAAAAGGACAGAGUACAGGCUGUCCCUCACCCACCCAAGCCACUCCCCUCUUUGGAUCAGGCUACCAUUCUACAGCUGUUCUCACUUAAAAUUCAGGACUUCUUUCAGAAACAUUCAUUUUGAACUAUAAGCAAUAUUCAUGACAGUUAAAAGUCUUGCUUCUCUAAUGGAACCCUAACACUAUUCGUUCUCUCUCUCUCUCCAUGCCCCCCCCCAAAGUUUGUGGAAUCCAAACUUCAAAUACUCUGAAGCGCAUUUUUGGUGGAAAGAAGGCACUGCCUGGCCAGUUCCCUUGGCAAGUUCUGAUCACUAAUGGACAAGGAGCAACUGGGGGUGGAGCUCUUUUGUACGAUAACUGGAUCUUAACAGCUGCCCACGUCCUCCCAGAAGCAGACGCUUCGUCCUUGACACUGAAAUUGGGGCUUCUAAGAAAGCGAAGCACUCACUACCACCAGGCCUGGGCAGAAUCUGUUUUUGUGCAUGAAGGGUUUACCAACGAUGGCAUCAAUUUUAACAAUGAUAUUGCUUUGAUCAAACUGAAGAACAAAGUCCCCAUUAAUGCAAACAUGACUCCCAUUUGCUUGCCAGGACAAAGCAGCAGGUUCCACAUAAACACAACCAACACUGGUGUAGUAGCUGGGUGGGGGAGAACAGAGAAAAGGAUGCAGUCACACAGCCUGAUGUACACUGAGCUAGAUGUGGUUGAUCCAGAGAAGUGUAAAGCUGCUUAUGCAAACCAGACUUUGGAGGGGAAGCAACUAGUGUUGACAGAAAACAUGUUCUGUGCUGGAUAUGAACAAGGAGGAAGAGAUUCCUGUAGCGGCGAUAGUGGCGGGUCACUGGUGUUUUUUGAUGCCGAAACAAAGAGGUGGUUUGCAGGCGGCAUUGUGUCCUGGGGUCCUCCAGAGUGUGGUUCUGCAGAGCUGUAUGGUGUAUACACUAAAGUGAUCAACUACAUUUCCUGGAUUGAAGACAUCAUUUCCCAAAAUUCUUGAUUAUUAUUUUUUACCAUUUCAUUUGUAUCACAUUACCAAGAAAAGAAAAGCUUUACACAGAAUUACAAUUACGCAAGAAAUAAAAAAAUAUAGUACAUUAACUGGGACUUCAAUUUUAGGUAAAUAUGCCGAAGAUCAAGCAGUAAAUGCUUCCAGGUUAUUCAAUGUACAGCAGAACCCUGUGCAUGUUUACUCAAAAUCAUAUGCUACUGAGGGAAUUCAGUGUUGUGAGCUACUGAAGCAGGGAAGGCAGCAUGUUUUCAAAGAAAAUGAAGCACACUCCAUGUAAAAUUAGGUAUCAUUUCACAUGCCUCUCGCGUGCUUGUUCUACUUUUGGGGAAUAGGGGGGAGCUGUUUACCCCCCCCCCCAACAGCUGGACCUUUAAAGUUGUUGUUUUUCCCUACUCCCCUGGAGCAAGUGCCAUACAACAGUUUCAUAAGUUCAAUGCAACAUGUUUCUUCUUCCAAAUUUAAAUGUUAAUUAAAAAAAACAAAUGUGUGC